AUGUCGAGCCAGCCUCUCCUCCAAACUGCCCCGGGCAAGCGCAUCGCCCUGCCCACCCGCGUCGAGCCCAAGGUCUUCUUCGCCAACGAGCGUACCUUCCUGUCAUGGCUGAACUUCACCGUGAUCCUGGGUGGUCUGGCCGUGGGCCUUCUCAACUUUGGCGACCGCAUCGGCCGUAUCUCCGCGGGGCUGUUCACCAUCAUUGCUAUGGCGGCCAUGAUCUACGCGGUAGUGACGUUCCACUGGCGGGCGCAGAGUAUCCGGCGGCGCGGACAGAGCGGCUUCGACGACCGAUUUGGGCCGACGAUCCUCGCGAUUGCCUUGUUGGCGGCUGUCGUUGUCAACUUUAUCCUGCGUAUCCGCGACACUCAGCUCAACUGA